AACAUAAUACAUGAUCUACAAACUGUUGUAUCAGGCUGAGGUACAGUGAGAGGAAGCAGGAUGUCCAAUAACAUGGCUGAGAUUACAGAUACCCGCAAGACAGUGGAACAGCUGAAACUGGAAGUUCACAUCGAAAGAAUGAUGGUGUCCAAAACAGCGGCUUUCUGUGAGGCUCAUGCCAAGGAGGGCCCACUGGUGAUACCAGUGUCAUCCUCUGAGAACCCUUUUCGGGAGAAGAAAUUCUUCUGUGCCAUACUCUAAU